AUGAAGCUCAUGUCAUGGAAUGUCAGGGGUCUUAGACGACCUGAAAAAAGGAGUAGAAUUAAAGCAUUAUCGAGGGCAAAAUUAGUAGAUGUUUUGAUGCUGCAGGAGACUAAGAGAGAAGCUGUUGAUGGUAAUUUUGUAAAGUCCUUAUGGCCAAUGGAUGAAAUGGGUUUUAUGGAGGUAGGUGCAGAGGGAAGUGCAGGUGGUCUCCUUUGCAUUUGGACCCCCCAGAUUUUUCAGUUGGUAGACUGCUGCAGUUCCAGGAAUUUCAUUCUUCUUUCAGGUAUCUUAUCUAAAUCUUUUCAUUGUGUUAUCUGCAAUAUUUAUGCUCCGACUGAUGUAUUGAAGAGGAGGAAACUAUGGGAGAGUCUUAUAAAUCUUAAACUCUCUUAUCCCAACCUUUGGUGUCUGGGUGGUGAUUUUAAUGAGAUUAGAGUUAUGAGUGAAAGGAAGGGAUGUUCAAGAAGGGAUAGGGGAAUGAAAGAUUUUAAUAAUCUUAUAGAUAGCUUGGAAUUAAUUGAUCUGAAUAUGCAUGGAAGAUUAUUCACAUGGUGUAAUGCAUUGGAUGGGGAGAGGUGGAGUAGGAUUGAUAGGUUUUUGCUUGAUCCUGUCUGGUUAGAGAAGUAUAAAUUUAAACAAUGGGGUUUGGCUAAAGGAAUUUCAGAUCACUGUCCAGUUUUGCUUAUGGAGGAUGGGAAGGAUUGGGGGCCUAAACCUUUUCGGUUUAUUAAUGCCUGGACAUCCCAUCCUCAGUUUAAAAAGGAUGUGGAAAAGGUCUGGGAGGAGGCUUAG